AUGACUCAGAGAUCUCUUGCUAUCACUGUGCCGCUUGCUCUUGUCCAAGUUGCUCACAGGCUCAGCUCAGCUUCAUGCCAUUCCGCGUGUCUAGGGAACCGUUCCAUUGAUUCAAGUUCAUUCACACUGAUCCGAUCCGGAAGUCGGGGAAGUCGGAGCGACAUGGCAAGCUCCGCGGUGGCCAUUCCGGAGGGCGGAGAUGAGCUUUUUGCAAAGUACUUCUCAGAAAUCACGCUGGACAUCAUCGAGGAGCAGACCUUCCUGAAGCGGGCCAUGGAAGAGCCAGGGCCUCGGUACGUGCACUUGCGGCGAAGCUCCAUUGGCACGGUGACCAUCCCACCGCACAUCGAGGAGAAUUGUCAGGGGGAGUUCAACCAGGUUUGGACCGGGCAUCCAAAAGUGGACCGGACUUUGUUCAUCUUGGACCGACGGGCCGAAAACCGGCUCCGGGACGUGAAGAGCAUCGGCAACCAGCGGAACAUCCCCAUGCUCAGGGGGGUUGCUUGCUCCAAGAAGAAUUACGGAGCUCGACUGGGGAACGAGCCCCUCGGCGACUCCUUCCGAGCCAAGUACAUGAACGGGGUGAAGAAGCCGCCUCUGACGUCGCAUCCCUUGACGCAGGGGCCUUCGAUUCUGGACUCGUAG